GCUUGUUCUGUUCAGACAGAGGAAGAACUCUGGCCCAGAUCUAAGCCUAGUACAUAGACAUUUGAAACCAGCUUCAGGAGUCGCAGGAAGAACUGCAUAAACAGAAUGGCUGUGAUAUUGGCUGUUCUGAUGACCAUUUGCAUGUUUAGCCCAGGGCUUUCAAUAGACAGUCGUGGGACGAGUUUCAUCACAGCAUUCCCAGAGAAUGUUGCCUAUUAUUAUAAAAAAUCCUACAAUCAACUCAAGAUCACUAGCCUGCAUGAGUACACUGAAGUCACCGUCGAUAUGGGUGAAAUAAGGAAGAAAGUCAUCAACGAACGUGGGAAAACUUGGAUUUUAAAUUUUAAUAAGGACUUGGAGGAACACCGGUUAACAUCUUCCAACAUGUCUGUUAGAAUCACCAGCGAUAAAGAUAUCACAGUGCUUUCUGUGUCUGGGUGGUGGGGGAGAUUCCAGUCUCAUGUUGUCCAGCCUGACCAAAAUCUUGGAACAGCUUAUCAGGUCCCCGCUCUCAAUUAUACUAAGCUAGUCGCAUCCUUUAGUACUGUAACAAAUACAGAGGCGAGGUACAACUCUUUUAGGCUGCUCAUUAUCAACGCAGUGAACGAAAGCAACACUGUCACCUUCAAAUGGGUAGACGAAAGCGGUGAGAACAUUGAAAAUACAACAACCCUUGAGGCUUACAAUCUUUUCCAGCUUCGGAGUAAUAGUGAGGUGAAAGAAAUCAAAGCGACGUCCAAAGUGGCUGUGCUGCUGACCCAUCCGUGCGUUAUCACCCAACAACCCUGCUCAUGCAACAUGGUGUUGAAUCAGCUCCGCCACGCAAAUAUGACAGGGAACCAAGACGGAAAAGAGAGUUUCUUUGUGCCCUUCACCUUUAAUAUCCUACAGCUACUUCUUACAACAAAUCAGACCGUCAGUAUCAAUAAUGGUUCUGAGUUUAGUGUUGAGAUUAAAGGGCCAAAUUCAACAGACAUCCUGCCAUCAUUCCCAAAUAUCAGUAUGGGGUUUGUAUAUAAUAUAGACAAGCCUGUUUCCCUCCAAUUAAUUAGCUCUGGACUCAUUCUAGACCUCAUUCCAAAAAGCAUGUUCGCUGCCUGCUUCCUUGUACAUCAUCAUCCUUCAGGCAGUGGGGCCUUGGUGAUUGCAAACAAAUCCGAAAAAGGUGAUGUGCGAAUAAACAAUCAACCUUUGCCUUCAACAAUUAACUGGAAAGAUAUGGGUCGCACAGGGUCACAGUUCUCUUGGACUCUAGUGAAUUUAACAGUAUCAAGCACUAUCUGGCAUAGAACCUCAAAGAUUGCUGUGUAUAUGAUAGAUCGUUGGGAUUCAGAUGGAAAAAUGCCUGUCUAUGGAGGUUCAGCUAUAAUCAUAAAUGCAGACCCAGAUCCCAAUGGCUGCAUGGUGACUCCUGAGAUGUAUAUAGUUGGUACCAAUGAAAUGAGCUGGUCAAAGUCCCAUCAGUACUGCUUUAAUAAAGCUGAUCAGUUUGCCAGGCUCAUCUCUACUGAGAACAAGAAUAAGUUUGUCACGAACAUGACCAUGCCCUCGACGGCCAAAAAUCAAGGGGACGGGUGGAUCAGUCUGCGCCGUGACCUAUUAACUACAGCGUGGUACUGGAGCAGCAGUAAGGACAAUAACAAAUCCAAUGUGGUCGAAACAUUUUGGGACAAAGGACAGCCUGAGAAACCUGAGAAAGGCAUGUGUGCCUCAGUGUCCCUGGUUGCUACUGAGAGCUUCAACUGGAAGGUCGCACACUGCUGUUCUCAAAAGAAACCGGUCUGUUUUAACCAAACAAAAUAUCUUGAUAAUGUCUCAGAUCUGACACCUUAACACUGACAUCUUAUUACAGUGCCUGCAAGGUGAAAUCCUUCAUAUUUCACUUUACUGCAGUUCAGCUCUAACUGAUUAAAUUACAACCUCUAAUCAAACUUGUUUAGUAAGUAAUUUAAGCCUCAAGAAUGCUAUGUAUUUUUUGAUGUUAUGUACUAUAUACUUCAAAUACUUGAGAAUGGCAUUCAAAAUUUAACUGCAACUGUUUUUGUGACGUUUGCAUGUUGAUGAAUGAUUGGCCUCUUUUAAGCAACCAGGUUACGUGAUUCAAUCAAUCAAUCAAUAAAUCAGUCAGUCAGUCAAUCAGUCAAUCAAUCAAUCAAUCAAACUCUCUCCUCUAUAGUUUGAAAAGAUGCAUUAUUGGUGUAUAAUUUUAUUAAAAACGUACAAACAUAAUUCUUUUGCUGCCUUGCAAUUCAGGAAACGUAAAUUAAGUUUAAUAUCAAGAAAUGUUCUCGUCUUAGUCAAAGGAACCAAACAAUGUGAUAAAACAGGCUUUUGUGCUUAAUAUAACAACUUAUUGAUUAUAUCUAGAAUAUGAAAUGUUAAUUAAUGCCAUAGCUGUGUAUGUUAUUGUGAAAAAAAUUAAUUUGAUUAGAGUUUGUUUGAUUUAGACAUAUAUGGUGGUUGCUCCUCUGUGCUAAUAUUCUAUUUCUCUGUCAAAGAGAACUGGUAUGUUUAGCAGUCAGCAAAAAAGAUUACAUUUAAUUCCAAGUACGGCAUUCUCAAUAUUUAUCUUUCUUGUAUCCAUACAUAGUUAUGCCGCUAUAUUAGAUUAGAUGUAAAACAUGUUACCUCAUGUACAGCUAACAUUUUUAGGCUAGGGAGGUCCAUUACUGUGAUUUAAA